AUGCUACUACAUUCAUGGAGAAGUCAGAGCUUGUUUGAGUCCAACACAGCAAAGGCAAACGAAGUCAUUUCUAGCCUGGGCUCCUCCCUUAAAACUGAGAAGGUGAAACUUCAAGAGGUUCACACUAGUCCUAAAUCUAACCAUGCUGAGCUCAAAUCAUCCAUCUCCUCGCAGUUAUCUAGGCAUCAAGAUGAUCUCGCAAUGGAGAGAAAAAUAAUGGACGCUUUGGAAGCAAAGACUGAAAAGGUGAAAGUCCUGACCAUCAAACUCGAGAAUGCUGAGAAACAAGUCAAUAGUUUGUUAUCCGAGAAAGCAGUUAUGAAAAGCUAUAUUACAGAUGUUACUAGCAUGCUUUCGUAUAUCAUUGAGACUAAGGACUCAAUGAUUACAAUCAUGCAACAUUCCGAUACAAGGGGAGAACAAUCCAAGAAGCAUGACCCUAAACCUUUAGCCAAGCCCAUUGUCAAAGGUGAAUCUGAUUCUAAAGGUAAAGAAAAACUUUUCUCUAAAGAACCUAUCAUUGAUCACAGUGAAGACAAAGAGCCUGAUGAAAACGAGCUCAAAAGAAGAAAAGCACGUGAAGCUGAAAUGGAUGAGCAUCAAAUGAUAGUCUGA